AUGAAGUUCACUACUCCUCUCGCCCUGCUGGCUGUGGUGGGUGUUCAAGCUCAUUACACCUUCCCACGAACCAAGGUCAAUGGCGUCCUCUCGGGAGAGUAUGAAACAGUCCGUCUCACUGCCAACCACUGGUCUCAUGGCCCCGUCACGGACGUCACCUCGCAGGAGAUGACCUGCUUUGAGAAGAACCCCGGCACCCCUGCGCCCAAGACAAUCACCGUCCAGGCCGGCAAUAACGUCACCUUCACAGUCGACAGCAAUAUCGGCCACCCAGGGCCUCUCCAUUUCUACAUGGCCAAGGUUCCCGCAGGCCAGACAGCUGCCACCUUCAACGGCAAGGGACCCGUGUGGUUCAAGAUCUAUCAGGAUGGCCCUGGCGGUCUGGGAACCAGUAGCCUGACGUGGCCUAGCUAUGGCAAGACCGAAGUCUCGGUCCAGAUCCCCCACUGCAUCCAGGAUGGCGAUUACCUGUUGCGUGUCGAGCAUAUUGCGCUUCACAGUGCGUCCAGCAUUGGCGGUGCCCAGCUGUACAUCGCCUGCGCCCAGCUGACCGUUACCGGCGGCACCGGCACCCUCAACACUGGCCAGCUUGUCUCUUUCCCAGGCGCCUACAAGGCCACGGACCCUGGCAUCCUGUUCCAGCUAUAUUGGCCACCGCCGACGAGCUACAUCAACCCUGGUCCGGCACCGGUUAAGUGCUGA